AUGACGCGGUCCUUGUUGCUGUCGCGCUGGAAGCACAUGGUCUGGACAUCGUCCUCCUUGGCCUCGCGGCAAAAGUCGAUGCCGCGCGAGAGGCAGAAGGCCUUGGUGCACUGGGAGCACGAGGCCGAGGCGGCGCGGGGCGCGAGCUGCCGGUCCUCGGCGGCGCCGGUGUGGCGACGGCGGACGUUGCCGAACGGCAGGAUCGAGGAGAAGAGGUCGCGACGGAGAGAGGUGGGGGGGCUCUGGUCGUCGUGUUGGGGGCCGAGGGGGACGAUGGUGCUGUUCUUUGAGGCAGCGCCUUCGACGCCCCUCGUCUCCCUCCGCCCCAUCUCGACAACCGCUCCAUCCUCCUCCGACACGACUGACCGAUUCCGCAAGCUCCUCUGGAAGGGCAAGGCCCCGGGCCCAGCAGACCCCUACGCCCAGCAGUCCGAGUCGUCAUCAUCUCAACAACCGGACCUCGAGGCCUACGAGGCUGAACUCGCAGAGCUCGAAUCUCAGACGAGGGACCUAGGCUCCCUCUUCCCAGACGCCGCCUCCCGCAACACGCGCCCCAGCCGGCCCUUCUCCCGCCUCAAGACGAGCUUCAAACCGACGCGCGCCCCGGAGGUCAAUGAUGUCGGCAUCAACGGCUACACGCCCGCCUUGUCGGUCGAGGGCCUCGAGGAGGUCGGCGGCUACGAAGGCUGGUGGGAGCGCGAGGGCCACUGGGGCCCUGAGAGCGAGUACACGCCGUUUGCUGCCGCCGAGCGCGUGCAAGAUGCUGCUGUGCUCGAGGUGCUGACGCGCCAGGCUGUCGUCGAGGCCCUGGCCUUCCGCAAGGAGAGGGACGAGAUCAGGCUGAGCGCUGACUGGGUCGGCACCGACAGGGCGGCGCUCGACCGCGCGCUGGCGCUCCGCAUCAAGAUUACCGAGGACGGCGUCGUUGCUCUGCGCGGCAACACGAAUGCCGUCGUCAAGGGGCUGGCGCCGACCAAGAGGCAGCUCAAGCUCGCGAGGAAGGAAGAGCAGGCGCAGACUGCUGGCGAAGCUGUCCUCGCUGAAGAUGCCACGAUUGAGGCUGAGGAGGUUACCGUGCUGGGACAGCACGUCUCGCCCGAGGAGGCGCGGGAGCUUGUCGCCACAUGGGAUGCCGAGUGGAAGGAUAUUUCUCUCGCUGACCCUCUGCUCAAAUUUGCCGUACGUCCCCCGCUGUUCUAUCCAUACUGA